CAACAGCUCUCCUCGUUCCGCUCUCGCUCGACACGCACAUAGAACCCUCCUCUUGGCCACCGUCUACCGCAUGUCUACGAAAACCAUCGCAGUGCUCAACGAAGCCGACCUCAAGGAUGGCGAAAUGAAACAAGUAGACUUUGAGGGAGAAGGAAAGGUUCUUCUCUCGCGUCUAGGUGACAAGAUCCAUGCUACUAGCGCGUUCUGCACCCAUUAUGGUGCACCGCUCGCAAACGGUGUGCUUACUGCCGAUGGCCGUGUGGUCUGCCCAUGGCAUGGAGCCUGCUUCAAUGUCGGCACGGGAGACAUUGAGGAUGCCCCUGCACCGUCUGCAAUUCACUCUUUCAAGGUGCAUGUUGCCGACGGGAAGAUUCACGUGGCAGCGGAUCCCGCAAACACGUUGAAGAACAACCUCUCCCGCCAGCCGAAGCUCCUGGCUACUGGUGUCGGUGCCGGGAAGGGCGUCGUCAUCGUCGGCGGCGGGAGCGGUGCAUAUUACUGCAUCGAGAGCUUGCGGGAGCACGGCUUCAACGGUCCGAUUACCGUAUUAUCAAAAGAGCACCAUAGUCCUAUCGACCGAACAAAGCUGAGCAAGGCGCUCAUAACCGACCCAGCGAAGAUUGAGUGGCGCUCGUCUGCGGAGCUCAAGGCAAAGUACGGUGUCGGCUUACGCACUGGUGUCGAGGUCACCGCGGUCAGUCCUGGCGAAAAAGAGGUCAUCAUUGGGUCCGGACAGCGCGUGCCCUACGACACGCUCGUGCUCGCAACGGGUGGUGUCCCGCGACGCCUUCCGAUCGACGGGGCGGACCUGGCGAAUGUAUUCACACUACGCGGCGUGGACGACACGAAGAAAAUUGAUGCAGCAUGCCAGGAGGGCAAGCGGCUGGUCGUCAUCGGGUCGUCGUUCAUCAGCAUGGAGCUCGUGGUCGCGGUGUCUAGCCGCAAGUUGGCGUCGAUCGACGUGAUCGGCCAGGAGGAGUAUCCAUUCGAGGUAGUGCUUGGAAAGCAGGUCGGCGCGGGCCUCAUGAAGUUCCACGAGAGCAAGGGCGUGCGGUUCCACAUGAAGUCGCAGGUAUCCAAGAUCAUCCCCUCCGCGGCCGAUCCUUCGAAGGCUGGGACGAUCCUCGUUGGCGAACAGCAGCUGCCCGCGGACGUCGUCGUCAUGGGCGUCGGUGUCGCGCCGGCGACUGAGUUCUUGAAAAGCAGCCAUGGCUUCGAGAGCGCACUGGACAAGAGCGGGGCUGUGUUAGUAGAUGAGUACCUGCGAGUCAAGGAUCUGGAUAAUGUAUACGCGAUCGGGGAUAUCGCGAUGUAUCCGCAGCCUGGCACGGGGGAGCUGAGGCGGAUCGAGCACUGGAACGUGGCCGGUAACCAGGGGCGAGCUGCUGGCAAGACUAUCGCAGAGAACAAGCCGCAGCCAUACGUGAAAAUCCCUGUCUUCUGGAGUGCACAGGGUCAGCAACUGCGCUACUGCGGUGUCGGUGCAGGCUUCGAUGACGUCAUCAUAGUGGGCAACCCGGACGAGAUGAAGUUCAUUGCAUACUAUGUGAAGGACGACAAGGUCGUAGCUGUUGCAAGUAUGCAAAAGGACCCGGUGGUUAGCAAGGCAUCGGAGCUACUACGCCUAGGUUUGAUGCCGUCACCCACGGAGCUCAGGGCUGGGAAGGACAUUCUGUCAAUCGACAUCCAGACUCUGGGUGCAAAGCCAAGGCUCACAUGAGCAGGUUGUGUCUAUUUGGUAAAGACGGACUUAUUCAUAGCCAAUGUACUUGUACUUUGUAUCACCCAGAAUUCUGCAACGAGGCGUUGUAUUGUUA